AUGGAGACAGUGUCUGUUGAUGGUGGCUUAUUACUUUCGGAACGGCGGUACAUGGAUGAUAUUCUGACUCGUGCUGGCAUGGUGGACUGCAAGUCUCUCUCCACUCCGGCGGCAAUCACUAAAGUCGCAUCCUCGGCUACAGAUCCUUAUGAGAAUCAUAUGCAAUACUGUAGGCUAGCUGGGGCGCUGCAGUAUCUCACCAUCACUCGGCCGGACCUAUCUUUUGCUGUAAACAGGCUCUGUCAAUUCAUGCACGCGCCGAUUGAUGAGCAGUGGGGCAUGCUCAAGCGGGUUCUUCGUUACAUCAGGGGUAUGUUAACCUACGGUUUACGGUUGUCGGCAUCACCAUCGUCCAAUGUCCACGCCUACUCGGAUUCCGACUAG